AUGUACAAAGUGAACGGCAGUCCUUACGUUUCAUCGCCUAUAGUUCUGGUCAGCUCUGACUAUUCCAAGAAACACCAGCACACAAGGAGAAGGAGCCAGUCAGUCCCUGCUGUGUCCCCUAGCACCUCACAGAAAAGAUGGCAUAAUGUGGAUGAGGAUGACAUUGGGCCUCCCAAGCCUGUGUUUAGGCCUGCUCGUGAACUUGGGCCACAGUUGGUGACAACUGCAUCAUACACAGCACUGCAGUUGUUUCAGCUUUUCUUUUCUUCAUCUGUGCUGCAAACCAUCAUUCAGCACACAAAUGCCUAUGGAUCCAAAAAUCAGCAGGGAAGAGACAAGCCAUGGCAUAACAUCUCUGUAGAAGACUUGAAGUCUUACCUGGCACUUGUUGUGUACAUGGGUCUUGUGAAGGUCUCUGCUGUGACUGAUUAUUGGAGGAGGUCUCAAAUCUAUAGUGUUCCCCUUCCUGCUAAGAUCAUGUCCUGUAGGAAGUUUCUGAACAUCACAAACGCUCUUCAUCUUAGCGAUCCUCAGGAUGAUGAUGAAAAUGAAAAGAAGAAGGGUACAGCAGCCUACGACCGCUUGGGGAAGAUCAAGCCUCUCUAUGACAACAUGAGGGAUGCCUGCAGAACAUUUUUUCAUCCAAGUCAGAACAUCUCCAUAGAUGAGAGGAUGGUGUCAUCAAAGGCGAGGUCUGGACUAAAGCAAUACAUGAAGAACAAACCCACUAAAUGGGGCUACAAGCUUUUUGUCUUGGCAGACUCACUAAGUGGUUACACCUGUGAGUUCUUCGUGUAUGAGGGUAAGUCCAUGCCAUCUCGGAAUGGGCUGAGCUAUGAGUCUGUCAUGGCACUCAUAGAUGAAAAGAUGUUGGGCACUGGUUACAAGCUGUUCGUUGACAACUUUUACACCAGUCCCAUGCUUUUCAGAGACCGCCUCUCUAAGAGGAUUUGGGCAUGUGGCACCAUUCGUCCAAACAGGAUUGGUUUCCCAAAGACAACCACCAACAGACUGCCGCGGAAUGCUCCACGAGGGUCCAUGCGAUGGCUCCGAGAGGAUGAGCUGCUGUUUGUGGAAUGGAAAGACACCCGGGAAGUACUGAUGUGUUCUACAUUCCACAAAGCAUAUGAAGGUGACACGGUGCAAAGGAGGGUGAAGAACAAUGAUGGGCAGUGGUCUCAAGUGCAUGUGCCUAUUCCAGGUGCUGUGCUGGACUACAACAGGUUCAUGGGGGGAGUGGACCUGUCCGAUGCCCUCAUUGGAUACUACAAAGUGCUCCACAAGACACGGAAGUGGUAUAAGACCUUCUUUUACCACUUUGUAGAUAUUGCUGUUGUCAAUGCCUUCAUUUUGCAUCAGCAUCUGGCCAGAGCAAAAAAGGAAAGACCCCUGACCCAGAAAGCAUUCAGGGAAACACUUGUUCUGGAACUUGCAGGGUUGGAAUCGGGCACAGCUGCUCCUCAGGCUUCAAAAGUGGAUUGCCACAAUCCGAAGCACGUCACGGAUGACAGCACUGCUGGACGACGAAAGUGCAAGCUUUGCCAUCAGAAGACACCAGUCGUGUGUGCAACCUGUGAGGUGCCACUGUGUUUUUUACCAAAACGGGACUGUUUCAAUGACUGGCAUGAGCAGGAAAUGUUUCCAAGUUUAGGUGGAUACAUCAGACCCUGAAAAAUAGUUCUGAGGAGGGAGAUGAAGGGAGAGAAGCCAUUGCUGGUGUGAGACUGUAACAGCGAGGGAUGCAUGACCAGUAAGUUUCG